CGCGAGCGCGGAGCCGUUACAGAGACACGACUUAAACGGCUGGAAAUCAACUUUAGACCAGUUUGGGUCGUUUCGGACCUGCUUCCCUUCGCCGGUUCAUCCAAAACAGGACAGGCUCGUCGCGUCAGCGCGAUAAAGGCCGGUCAUGACGACCUUUCAUCGCCGGACUGUGUUUGCGCUCCUUUAGCUGAGCUCAUUUGCAUCAGCGCCACUGCGGACUGCGCCGCUUCACGUGCUCUCUCUCCCCCUCGCGCGAGCGCGCGCGCACCCGCCUCCCCGCAGCCACGCGCUGCUCGUUCCGGUUGUGCUGCGCGAGGAGGGAGAUCCUCCUCCACUUCUGCUCCUCCGGCCGCGGCGCUUCUGGGGAUUUCCUCGCUUCAGCUUCUGCUUCAGCCUCAGCAGCAGCGAGAGGAGCUCAGCCUGAACAGAGAGAGAGAGAGAGAGAGAGAGAGAGAGAGAGAGAGAAAGAGAGAGAGAGAGAGAGAGAGAGAGAGAGACAGAGAGAGAGAGAGAGAGAGAGACAGAGAGAGAGAGACAGAGAGAGAGACAGAGAGAGAGAGAGAGAGAGAGACUGCAGUGAACCUCCAUCCCUCCACCCAUGCUCCUCUCAGCGGAUUAGCAGCAUGACUUCGGUGUGGAAGAGGCUGCAGAGGGUCGGGAAGAAAGCCACCCGAUUCCAGUUCGUGGCCUCCUAUCAGGAACUCACCCUCGAGUGCACUAAGAAAUGGCAGCCGGACAAGCUGAGAGUGGUGUGGACGAGGAGGAACAGACGCAUCUGCUCAAAGCUGCACGGUUGGCAGCCAGGCAUUAAAAACCCCUACAGAGGGAUGGUGGUGUGGCCAGUGCCCGAAAAUGUGGACAUCACAGUUACACUGUUCAAGGAUCCUCAUGCGGAGGAGUUUGAGGACAAAGACUGGACAUUCAUCAUUGAAAAUGAGACGGCGAAGGGUCACCGGAAGGUUCUGGCAUCCGUGGAUGUGAACCUGAAGAAGUUUGCGAGUGCGACGGUGACGCAGACGGACCUGAGCCUGCGGAUGAAGCCGCUGUCGGUGAAGGUCGUGGAGGCCACGCUCAAGCUGUCUCUGUCCUGCGUCUUCCUCAAAGAGGGGAAAGCAACUGAUGAGGACAUGCAGAGUGUGGCGAGUCUGAUGAGCGUGAAGCCACUGGACAUCGGGAACCUGGACGAUUUUAACGAGAGCGAUGAGGAGGAGGAUAAACGGUCCAGCACUGGAGCCUCAAUCAGCGCCGCUCCCUCAGCUCCUGAGCGGUCAGCGUGCAGCAUGGAAAAAAGACCGUCAGUAAAGAGUUCACCUGCUUUAGGCAGAGUUUUUGACCCGCCCCUUCAGACUCGUCCUCCUUUACCUCCUCCACCCAGUCCAUCCCUCCGUCCAGCACCCUCUCCCACCACCCGCUCUAAACCCCCCCGCCCUCCAGCCCCACAGGGGGCACCCUCGCCCUCUCGCUCAACACUCGCCAGUCCUUCAGCCCCACAGGGGGCACCCUUACCCACCUGCUGUACACCCAUCAGUCCUCCAGUCCCCCAGGGGGUACCAUCACCCUCCCACUCCACGCUCACCAGUCCUCCAGACCUGCAGGAGGCGUCCUCACCCUUCUGCUCCACACUCACCACUCCUCCAGCCCCACAAGGGGCACCCUCACCCUCUUGCUCUACACCCAUCAGUCCUCCAGCCCCCCAGGGGGCACCCUCGCCCCCCUGCUCCACACUAACCAGUCCUCCAGACCUGCAGGAGGCAUCCUCAUCCUCCCACUCCACACUGACCAGUCCUUCAGCCCCCCAGGGGGUACCCUCGUCCUCCUGCUCCACACUCGCCAGUCCUCCAGCCCCAGAGGAGGUGUUCUCACCCUCCCACCCUACACCCACGAGUACUCCAGUCCCACAGGGGGCACCCUUCCCCUUAUAUUCCACACAUACCAAUCCUCUAGACCUCCAGGGUGCACCCUUCCUCUCCCGUUAUACACCCAGCAAUUCUCGGGCCCUGCAGGGGGCGCCCUCCCCUUUGUGUUCCACACUUACAAACCCUCUAGACUUGCACAGGGCGUCUAACGCUUCCUGCUACAAACCUCCACAUCCUCCAGCCCUGCAGGGGGAGCCACUGAGCCCCCAACUACCCAGCCCUCCCCCAGCACUGCCCAGAAUAUUCCAACCCUCACCUGGCUCAGUUCCCGUCUCUUUCCAGCGGAGGUUUUCUGGACCCGACGCUCCGGACACUCCGGUGACCUCUAACCUCCCGCUGCUGCAGCGCUCCGAGUCCGCUCCCUCUAAACCCGCCGCCCCUGUCCUCCCUCACUCCGCCCGCUCCGACUCACUGAAAGAUGUCUCUGCUGUUCCUCGUGUCAGUGUCUUUAAGCCCAAGAUUGUUCAGGACUGUGUCUCUCCCUCUCCUGUUCCUUUCUACGAGCCUAGCUCACUCUCUCCCUCCAACACGUUAAAGCGCCCGUCUGCCCCGGUCUCAGUGUCCCUUCAGCAGAGUGACCACAGCCCCCCUGCUAACCAUGCCUCCUCCCGCCCUGCCCUUGGUGACCUUGUGACCCCUGUGCCUUUGCUAAUUAGCCCUGAUCUGGAAGCUCUGUCUGACCCACCCCAUCUCACUCAGGCUCCGCCCCCUGUCCCCCUACCCUUCCCUUCUCCUGUUCCUGUUUCGUCGCCCCCAAUUCAGCCCCAGACCGCUUCCCUGCCCCAGCCCGCCAGAGCCUGUGCUGUAAAAGCUGCUCCAGCGCCCCCUGCUGUUCAUUCUGCUGUGUCUGCUCUGUCCAGCCCUGCACUGUUUCCGUCAGUGCUGACAGAGCUGCAGAGGGAGCUGAACACUCUGACUGAGGAGGACAGCACUAAUCCCUUCCUGAAGGAUUUAAAGACCCCAGAGCCUGUUCCUGAGGUAAAGAGCUCUGAGGCCUGCCAGCCUUUGACCCUGAGCCAGGCCGGGGGGCAGCAACGCCCCCUUCGGGCUGCUGGCAGCAUCAGCAUCGCUGGAUCUCCAUCACGGCUCGGUGGAGGAGAGAUUGUGGACGUGCACAGCACUGCGGGAGGAUCACGACCGCUCUCUCUGUCCUUCAGUCUGCAUCCGGAGAGCAGAGCGGCUGCUGUUUCUCCUGGAUUGAACGCAAAAUUCCUGACCCUUCCUCCUCCUCCAUGGCCUUUUUCUCUGACGGCCUCAGACGUGUGCGAGAAACAAAUAGAGGAGGUCUUUAAGUCUCCGUCCUUCAGCUCCACAGAGAUGCGUCCACUCAGACCUGGGGCAGGAAAGCCGCCGCUGGCUGAAGAAGAGCCAGAUUUUAAGGAGGACUGGAUUUAUACAGUGGUCAAAAGAUCUAAGGCCACACCAGAAGAGCUCCAGCUUACUCCACAUCAACCUCCAGCGUCUAAACCUGAGGAGGAGGCCAUGGCUGAAGAAGAAUCUGCCCUCAAAACUCCUCUUAUUUCAGAGGAACCUUCACCAUCUGAGGCCUUCGCUGCUGCUGUGCUGUCUGAAGCUCAGACUGGUUUUCAGGAGGGAGACUCUGAGGAAGAGUUUAUUCCUUCCAGCCUUAAUGAAGUUAAACUCUUUAUAGAAGAGCACGGUCGUUUAUCAGAUCAGCCUCGGCCUGAAACGCAGAGACUGGGAGAGGAAGCGGAGUCUCAGAGCGCUGAGUCGGCCGUUAUCUCUGUAGAUGUGAACAGGUCAGAUGAGGAGAAGGUUCUGAUUAGAAUCGCAGCCGCUCCUGCAGAGGAGGCCGUCUCACUGGUAGUCAGCCACAUUGAGGAGAAAAGUGUGAGAAAAGAGGAGAAAAGAUCUCCGCAGGCUGGUCCACCUGACGCUAAGGAUAAGAGGCAGGCUGCUGUACCUGAGGACAGCUUGAAUCAGAUUCCCCUGAAUUUGGAUCUGAAGCCUCUUUCGAAACCAGCCCAUCCCAACACUGACAGAAACACAGACACGGACACUCCCCCCACCCCUCCCCAACCCCAAAUAAACCCAUCAGCACAGACUCUGCUGGACUCGCUCCAACCUGGGCUCACUCCGGAGAGCUCAGGACCUCCCGAGGAACCAUCGGCUCAGAAGGAGGAUCCCAUCUGGGCCUCUUUAGAGCAGAAGGUGAAGGAACAGAAGGAGGACGGAGACGCCGGAGAAGAAACGUCCAGCGAUAAAACAACAAACAAGCUGGAAAACGAGGACAGUGAGUCCAGAUUUCUGCUCAAAGUGGAUGCUGGUGGAGAUAAAGUCAGAGCAGAAGACGUGAAGAAGCCUGACCUGAGUGAACCAGACACCUCCAAACACAUUAAAGCACAACCAAAAAGCGGUAUUGUGAAAGAGGUGGAAGAUAAAAGCGAUAUUCCAUCCGUGUUACAGUCUACAUCUCCUUCUCCACCCACCAGGACCUCACUGCACCUAGAGAACCUUUCUCCUGUUAGUAACAUGGCACCAAAUGAAGAUCCAGAUAGAGCAGAUCUGAAGACGAAGGCCAUUCCUGAAGCGGAGAGUCCACUCUGGGCCAGUUUGGAGAAGAAAGUUAAGGAGAAAGAGGACGAGGAGUUACGCUCAGGCAAACUGGAAGCUCCUCAGGCUCUUCUAGAUAACGGCCGUUUUGCAGAGGAAUUAGAAGCUGAAGCCUGUCUGGUGGAGCCAGAGAACUUUACUUUGUACCAGUCUGAAGAUAUCAGUGCCGUAAGCUCCUGCGUGGGGUGUAGGAAGACGUUUGGAGAUCAGGUAGAACAUCCUGCUUUGGAAAACCUCAGUUGUGACUUUGAUGCUGCUCAGAUUGAACGUCCUGCUGAUUCAGACCAACAAGAAGACGGAGAAACAUCAGCUUCAGAGAGAAAGACUGAAAUUUCGCUCAAGCUGGAUUCUUUCAAUGUGGAUCAUGGCGUUCUGGCUGACCAGGAGGAGGUUUCUCCCGGCCUGAUGAGGGGGAUAUUUGGUGUUCUGUACCGAGGUUAUGAGACAGUGGCCUCCAUUCUGAUCCAGUCAAGCCCUGCAGAAACCCCCACCAAGCCUGACGAUAGAGAAGCUGGAGACCAGGAAGGCCCUGAGAUCGAAAUCCGUCCACCUGAACCAUUCUGUGAAACUGCAUUUACAAACCUGCCUGAAGCUGCUAAAGACAAUAAAAAUCCAAUUUUGGGUGAGGAAAUCAAGACGACACCUCUAGCAGAGCCUAAAGGAAAGACCCUGGUGGAGUGUUUGAGGCUGGCUGCCUCAGAGGUUGAGAGAGGAAGAGGACUUUCUGAACCAGAACCUGAAACGAGCAUCAUUAAAACAUCAGUGUGUGUAGAGAAGAUGACAGAGGAGCCACCAAUGCUAGAAAGUAAAAUCAGGAGAGAUGAACCAGAGCCUGAAACAGGCACCAGUGUGAGAUCAGCACAUGAAGAAAAGAUGGAGGAACCACCAACAGUUGAAAGCCAACUUAAGAAAGAUGAAACAAAGCCUGAAGUAAAUGAACGUGCAGUAUUGAAUGUUGAGAAGAUCACAGAACCAACAACGACUCCAGAAAUUCAUAAAAGCAUAAACAUCAAGGAUGCACCUGCGAUGUCCUCCACGGAAGAGUUCCCUCUUUUGAAGGAAGUGGAUUUUGAUAUGAUUGCAAGUGAAGAGUGCUUAGAAAAAGCUAAUGAAGAUGAAUCUGGGAGUAAAGGUGAUGGCCUAGAGAAGAAGGAAACUCUUCUGAGGCCUGUGUUCCUGUCUGAAGCUUUGGAUGAUGAAGUGGAGUUUGAGUCGGGUCAGGAGGAUAUGGGCACAGUGUGGCUGGCUGAGCUUUAUAUGGAUGAAGGCCCAAAGGAAUCACAGCUGAUAGAACUGGACCGUUCUCCUGUCCUGCCAGCUGCAUUGGUCAGUACAAAGCUUGCAGUAAUAUCAGAAGAAUCUCCAGCAGAGGAGCCUAUUUCCCCACAUGCUGCAAAUGUUCCAUCCUUUCAAAGUGAAAAGGAUGAGAGAACCCAUCCAAUGCCUUUACAGGAAGUUGGCCCUCAUGCCUUGAAGCCUGUCUCACCUGGCAACACUCCAGUUCCUCUACAGCACAAUAAAAAAAGAGAUAUUGCCACACCGGCUGUCAAGGAGGAAAGCAAAAGUAAGGAUGAGGAUAACCUGAGGCAAUCAAGCGUCUCCUCACCAUCUGAGGGCGCUGUUGAAGUUAGCGUAGGUGUCACUGACAGAGGCACAGAAGAAGAGAAGAAAGAGAGUUCCCUGAUUGAGGCCACAGCUGCAGUUUCCUCGGAAAGCACUUCAGCUGAAGAACAGCCAGAAGGUGUGAAAGUGGAGAAGGAGGUUGGCUCAGGAAAGGAUGUCUCGCCAAGAAGCUCCGUGGUGCCAUGGCCUCUGCCAUCACCCACGGUUGAGAAACCUCCAGAGCCUUUAGAAGAACCUACCAAAGAGCCCAUUGAUUUUUCAGAGGAGAAAAUUCUGCUGGAGAAGAUUCGUCAAAUGGCAGAGGACACUGAAGACACUGAGAAAAAGAAUGUUCCUGUUCCGGUUCCUCGUACCAGGAGGCGUCUCAUUCCCUCAGAGUCUGACUUUGAACUCCCCCCAACUCCACCCCUUCAACUCAAGGCAGACACCAUCACAUGGUACGAUCUCUCGGUGGACCAGAAUAAGCUUCCUGCUGCUGAAGUCACUGACCUACCAGCAUCGGUGACCUCUGUGGAAGCUGGUGUAGAUGUUGCCAAGUUGAACACAAAUGAAAAGAGGCAGUUUGAAAGCCUGUCUGAGAAUGUUCCAGUGACUAUGGAGUCAUCGGACAAGAAUGUCUUGUGGGCCACAGUAUCAGGGGGUGACCAAGGGAAGGUCCUGGUGUCAGGAGCUGAUGAUGAGAUUUCAGAAAGUUCAAAACAGUCAAAAGAAAAUGUCCCCGUGCAUGCUAAUUCAGUAGCACCUGAAAUUGGCCUUCCACCUCUGACUGUUCCUGCCAACCAGACAGAGGAAAGAACGAGCAGAGCUAGACCAGAGGAGCUUGAUUUGAAGGUGAAAAAUAAAGAGGUUCAAAUAGAAACGCUGACAGCUUCCUCAGAUCUGGAUGAUUUAUCUAAAAUGCCACCAAAGGAUUCCUCUGGAUCACCUGUCUCAGGAACCACUGAAGCUGCAUCUGCUGGACACGCUGAGGGUCAGCGUUCCACAGAGAACCUGCUGCUCCAGACUGACCUGACUGCAGAAACAUCACCAGCUGUUCUGCCCCCCAAACGCAGCAAGAAGAAAACAGUCCCACCACCGGUGAGCCUGGAGGAGGUAAAGCCAGUAGAAUCAGGAGGAGACACACCUGAGCAGGAGAGAUCCUCUCCUCUCCCCAGUCCUGGUCUGGUGACCUCCAGCCAGUCUCUGCUGCAGUGGUGUCAGGAGAUCACUAAGAACUACAAAGGUGUGAAGGUCACUAACUUCAACACUUCCUGGAGGAACGGCCUGGCGUUCUGCGCCAUCCUGCACCACUUCCACCCGGACAAGAUUGAGUUUGAUGCGCUGCAGCCUCAUGACAUUAAGUUCAAUAAUAAGAAAGCGUUUGAUGAGUUUGCUGCUCUCGGUAUCUCUCGUCUGCUGGAGCCGUCUGACAUGGUCCUGCUGUCCGUUCCUGACCGGCUGAUCGUGAUGACGUACCUGAGCCAGAUCCGGACGCACUUCACUGGUCAGGAGCUCAGUGUGCUGCAGAUUGAGCACAACAGCAGCCAGACCAGUUACGGCGUGGCGGAGCCCACCGGCGGUCCAGACGUGGAUGCAGCCGCCCGAUUCUGUGCCCAGCGGCUGCAGGCCGGAGCUCUGUCGGGGGAGACCAAUGGAACGCACGCGCAGGGGGAGAACGGAAAACCGAACGGCGGCCUGGUGCCCCCACCCAGGGCCAAACGGGCGGGCUGGAUGGAGGAGAAGAGGCCGGAGGCGGGGCAGACGCCUGUGGCUCCGCCCAGGCCAAACGCGUCCAAGCUGAACGUGGGGCAGGUGAGGGACGUGGAUCUGCUGAGGAAACACAGAGCACAGAGUAAAGGAGAGUCAGGGGAGGAGCCUGACCAUCAGGAGCAGCACAGCGAGCAGGUUAAAGCUGAGGAGUCUGGUGCCCCUGCAGGUCAAUCAGAGGUCUGUGAGAUGGACAGUGGGUCCCGGCCGGCGGAGGAGGACGGUAUGCGUCUGCAGGACACCAGUCAGUAUGUUCUGAGUGAGCUUCAGGCUCUGGAGACAGAACAGAAACACAUCGACAGCAGAGCCGCCGUGGUGGAGCGCAGGCUGAGACGACUGAUGGAGACAGGCAGCGAUAAAGAUGAGGAGGAGAAGCUGAUCCAGGAGUGGUUCACUCUGGUCAAUAAGAAGAAUGCCUUGAUCCGGAGGCAGGACCAUCUGGAGCUUCUGCAGGAGGAGCAGGAUCUAGAGAGGAGAUUCGAGCUGCUGACCAGAGAGCUGAGGGCCAUGAUGGCUGUUGAAGAGUGGAAGAAGAGUCAGGCUCAGCAGCUCCGUGAGCAGCUCCUCCUGCAGGAGUUGGUCAGUCUGGUCAAUCAGAGGGACGAGCUGGUCAGGGAUAUGGAUGCCAAAGAGAGAGGCGCGGUGGAGGAGGAUGCGCGGUUGGAACGUGGUCUGGAGCUCCGUCGCAGGAAAUACAGCACCAGCAAGGACAAGUGUGUGCUGCAGUAAGGAGCUGCAGGGCAUUCUGGGAUACACGCUGGAGGACCUGGUCAGGACCCAGUCACUAAUACAGCACCGGACACCACAGUGCCUUCGGCCCGCUCUCAGAGAGAAA